UUUCCUUCUUUCUCUCCCCUGCUUUCUAGUUUAUUGAAACUGCAUCGAGGAAACGUUAUCUCCCCCUCCUGCUUGGUGGACGCCAAGAUGCAGAGCAUCAAGUGUGUGGUGGUGGGCGACGGGGCGGUGGGCAAGACCUGCCUCCUGAUCUCCUACACCACCAACGCCUUUCCCAACGAGUACAUCCCCACCGUCUUCGACAACUACAGCGCCCAGAACACGGUGGAUGGCAGGACUGUGAAUCUGAACUUGUGGGACACUGCGGGGCAGGAGGAGUAUGACCGCCUGCGGACGCUCUCAUACCCCCAGACCAACGUCUUCAUCAUCUGCUUCUCCAUCACCAGCCCAUGCUCUUACGAGAAUGUGAAACACAAGUGGUACCCUGAGGUCUGCCACCACUGCCCGGAUGUGCCCAUCCUCUUGGUGGGCACCAAGAAGGACCUAAGAAACAACCCAGAGGCCCUGAAGAAGCUCAAGGAGCAGAACCAGCAGCCUGUGACAACCCAGCAAGGCGUUGCCCUCUCCAAACAGAUCCACGCGGUCAAGUACAUGGAGUGCUCGGCCCUCAGCCAGGAGGGGAUCAAGGACGUCUUCACGGAGGCCGUCCGAGCUGUCCUCAACCCGGCCCCAGCCAAACCCAAAAAGCCCUGCUUCCUGCUGUGAAUGGAGGCCCCCCACUUUCCACUGUCCAAUGGGGAGCCCUUGGAUGGGUCAGCUGCAGAAGGCCUCCGGAGAGAGUGGGAGACCUGUCUGCUCCAUCCUCUGGCCCUGAUCCCCCCCCCUGCUGUAUUUUUCCUGCCUAGGCUUUGCUGUCCUCCUUCUGAGGAAGAGCCACUUCCUUGGGAUCACCCAGCCGAGGUGGCGAGGAAGGAAAGUCCCCUUUGGGCACGAACAGAGCCCCCCCCCCUGCUCCGAGAGAGCCCGUCUUUGCUCAGGCAAAGCCUUUCCGUGGGCUUCUCCCAACCUCAUCAUGUCCGGCCGGUCCCUCAAGACAGAAGGGCUCCGAGGAGGGGCAAGGGGAAAGGCACACCUGGAGGGAGCGAGGAAAAGAGGACCCAGGCCGUGCAUCUCUUCCCAAGCGCGUGGCCUGUCCCUUCCUUCCGCCUCCAGCUGAGGAGGACGCGGUCUUGCUGUGGGCAGCAGGGCAGGGAAGGGAGCGAGGAGAUGGACCAGAAACCAGGGGGUGGGGAAGAGCGGCAUUUUUAAAAUCAGAGUCUGGAUUCUGUCACCAGCCAAGGAAGUAGCCGCAUUUUCUUCUUCCAGAGGUGAAAACUGCUGCUGCUUCUCCUGGGGGGGGGGCGCUGCUUGGGCCCAGGGAGCCCCUGCCUUUCUGGCCUGGCUCACCCUUCCAGGUGCUUCUCCAGCCCCAGGGUUGGUGCUGACCCUCAGGGCAGAUGCUCUGCUUCCUCCCUUUUCCAGAGGACAUCCUCCCCCAGAGAACAAGGAGCCCCUUCCCCAGCUAUGGCCACCUCGACUGCCAGCAGCCUUCCCUGCACUUCCUUGAGGUGUGUGUGUGUGUGUGGGGGGGAGGUGGGGUGGAAAUCUUCCAAGACAUGUAGAUAAGGACUCCCAAAAGUCCACCCUUCUGCCGAGGAUGUUCGGGGUUCCGUGUGUGCUUCAUAGUUGAAGGAGAGUGGGAGGAA